GGGAGGCAGGGGUGUGGUUUGCACCAGGAGAUUGGGCUUGGGGAGCAAGGAGUGGGGUUGUGUAACUGGUGGGCAGGGAAGGGGCUCCUGAGGCUGGAUGCCCACUUAGCCUGAAUUUCUGAUCUGUGACUUCAUUUGAGGUCACAGUGAUGCGAGAGUCUGUUAAGCUUGAGGUACUGCAGGGUGAUCUGUAAAACCCAGGUCUUGGCAACCCUUAGCUGGUAAAGAUCCCUAGACAUUUAUUGCUAACACCACAGUGUGAAUGCCUCCCCAUAGCCCAAAACAGGAAACUAUCUUCUUCCUCCCUCAUUUCCUAUUGCUGUUUUUAGCUGGGUGUGGUAUUUCUCACUUCCUGUCCUAAAACCACAGGGCAGUGUUUGUGUGGCUACCGACCAACCACCACAUCCUAUUCUCUCUCUCUCUCUCUCGAUAUAAUUGAAUUAUGCUGCUAAUUCUCACUAGUGGUGUGUUUUACAGUAGUUGGUAUUUUUAUGUAAGUCCCAACUCCUGGAUUCGUGUGAAUAAGUGAGAAUUCCAGCAGUCAUUUAAUGUUUUUAAAAAAGGUUCACAGCUCCUCCUGGGUGCAGAGAAGUGCUUGGAAAUGUGACCUAUGAGGACAGUAGGUGGAAAUUCAAAAGCAAGAAAGCAAAUAAAAAGAAUCUCACACUCCUUAUUUCUACAUGAUCAUAUUUUUAAGCCAUUCUCAUAAUAUUUGAAUGCUUGGGGUUGGCAGUAGCGUAUGACUGCUGCUAUUCACUUGUUUUGUGGGAGUACUUUGGAAGCUUGGACAAAAAUCAGGUGCCUGUCGUACAUGCUGUAAAGACAAGUAACAAAACAGUGCCAGAGAACUUAGAAUCCCGGUGACACAGAGGAUGCAGAAUUUGGACAAAACACACACAAGGAAGAUUAAAAACAGCCAUAGUCGGGUCAGACCAAUGGUCCACGUCGCUUAGUAUCUUGCCUUUGACCGUGGCCAGUGCUGGAGAUUCAGGAGGAAUGUACAGAAAAGGGCAUUUAUAGAGUGAUUCACUCCUAGCUUCUGGCAGUUAGAGGGUUAGGGUUUCCCAGACCGUGGGUUUGUGUCCCUGACCAGCAUUGAUAGACCUACCCUGCAUGAUUUCUCUAAUUGUUUAUUGAAUCCAGUUAUACUUUCAGCCUUCACAACUUCCCUUGGCAAUGAGUUCCACAGGUGAACUACAGUGAAGUUGUACACCAUGGCAAUGGCAUUAAGGUGCCUCCGUCAGCUGCCUCCCUUGCUUCAUAAUUCUCUCUCAGGACUCACCAGGCCAUCCCUAGAGGUACCUUUGAGGUAUACGGCCUUGAUCCUGAAUGACUGCAGGCAGUGUGUGAUCCACCAGACAAUGUUCACUAGACAUCUCGCUACCAAGAAAGCCAAAGCUAAAGGUAAAGGGCAGAACCAAGCCAGAGUGAAUAUCAAUGCUGCCUUAGUUGAAGAUAUUAUCAGUCUAGAGGAGGUAAAUUGUGAAAUGCAGGCAGUGAUCGAAACUCUUAAGGAAGAUUUCAGCAAAAAUCUCAAUAUAAGAACCUCACCAGGGGCUCUUGAUCAUAUAACGGUGACAACAAACGAUGGAAAGUUUCCAUUAAACCAGCUUGGACAAAUCUCGCUGAAAUCUCCUCAGCUCAUUAUUAUAAAUAUGGCUAGUUUUCCAGAGAGUACAGCUGCAGCUAUCAAGGCUAUAAGGGAGAGUGGAAUGAACCUGAACCCGGAAGUAGAUGGGAUAAUAAUUCGGGUGCCAGUUCCUAAGGUAACAAGAGAACACCGGGAAAGCCUGGCCAAACUCGCCAAACAGCUUACGAACAAGGCUAAGGACUCCUUGCGAAAGGUCCGGAGCAACGCCAUGAACCACGUGAAGAAGGCCAAGAGCACAGUGUCCGAAGACACCGUUAAGAUGAUAGAAAAGCAGAUCCAGCAAAUGGCAGACGACGCUACCACAGAGAUGGAGAAGCUCCUGGCAGGGAAGACCAAGGAGCUCCUCAGCUGAGUGAGCGUGGACAGACAGUCACUACGGACGGCAGAGCACCGCCGACCCAACGCUCCGGGCUUGGGCCUAGCAGCCGCGUGCGACAGGCCAGGCGGACUAGCUCAGACCUCACGAGGCUGCAGUUGCUCAGGGGAUGGGCCAUGGCCGUGGUUGCGGUGGGGGAAGCCAGUCGGCGUCUCCCUGAUUCAAGCAGUGACAAAGGAAUUCGGAUUAAAGAAGCUUCAGCGGAACUGAGGGACACGGGGCGGGGUGGCUCUUAGUCGUCACUCUUCACCAUGGCCACAGCAGCUUCUCUGCCACUGGCAUUAAAGCACCAAUUAGUGAA